CGUCACAUAUUUGCGCCGCGUCUGUGUUUCGGCCAAAGGUUUGUGUUUUCGGAGCGUAUAAUUCGGUUAAAAUCGCUCAGUAAUCGCCAGUUUAUCGUCGAUAAUUCACCAAAAACACAAAUUCAGUGCAUGUAGGCAAAAAGGAGAGAAACUGAACCUCCAGAAACUCCGAGUUAAUUCCUGCUUUGCAAACUCAACAAAACCACAGAGAAGCUCCACAGUAUUAAAGAUGGCGUUUAUUAAAGAGGAGUGUGAGGACAUCAGGAUUGCAGAUGUUUUCACGCUGGUAAAAGAAGAGCCUGAGGAUCCAAUAGGUUGCUCUUCUGUGUGGCAUUCAUGCAGUUUUCUCAAAAACAGCGUGACUGAUUUACUUGAAAGUUGGGCAGAUGAAUUUUCGUCAGGUGAAGAGUUUGCCCCUGAAUCACAGUCUGACUCAAAAACAGAACAGGAUUUAGAAAGGUCUUUCAGCAACACUACAGAGAACUCUCUGGAGCCUUGCAUGACCACUGAGAAGUCGUCCUCUAGCCUGAUCGUCACAGGAGAUUCAAUCAUUCACAAUCUGUGCUCUUCACCUGACUUAAGCCCCAGCAGCAUCACUGAAGCAGAGGAUGAGAACACAACAAGUAAAAGAGAAGAGAGACAUACAUCCAUUCCAGAGGAUACAGCGAGUGAUUCAGUCUUGUCUUCAAAAGGCAUCACCACUAGAGGUGGUGAAAAUUUCUGUUUUGUUUGUGGAAAGCCACAAAUCAAAAUAGCUCGACAUUUUAAAGUGCAUAAGCGUGAAGACGCAGAAAUUGCACGAGCACUCAGUUUACCAGCUCACUCCAAGAAAAGAAAGGAAUUGCUGCAGAUGUUGCGAAACAAAGGCAACUUUAUGCACAACAAUGACGUCCUGAAGAAAGGAUCGGGUGCCCUGAAAGUUAAACGCCGUUCUUUAAAACAAGCCUCCAACAAGUAUACGUACUGUGUUUAUUGCCGGGGGAUGUUUGUUCGCCAGGUACUCAAGAGGCACAUGAAAAAUUGCUUAGCCAAAAGAGACCAUCAGGAAGCACUGGGAGCACUGGGUCUUGCUGAAGUGGCCAAGGCUGCAAUUCCAGCGUGCUCUUCUGUGUCUGAUUCACAAAGUUUCCAGAGUAAGAGUGUGCCUGAUUUACCUGAAAGCUGGGUCAAAGAUUUGUUGUCAGGUAACGAGUUUGUCCCUGAAUCACAGUCUGGCUUGAACUCAAAAACUGAACUGGAUUUAGAAAGGUCUAUCAGCAACACUACAGAGAACUCUCUGGAGCCUUGCAUAACCACUGAGAAGAAGUCUUCUAGCCUGAACGUCACAGGAGAUGUACUUAUUUACAAUCUGUCCUCUUCACCUGAUUUAAGCCCCAGCACCAUCACUGAAGCAGAGGACGAGAACACCACAAAUAAAAGAGAAGAGAGAAAUACAUCCAUCCCAGAGGAUACAGCGAGUGAUUCAGUCUCGUCUUCAAAGGGCAUCACCACUAGAGGUGGUGAAAAUUUCUGUUUUGUUUGUGGAAAGCCACAAAUCAAAAUAGCUCGACAUUUUAAAGUGCAUAAGCGUGAAGAUGCUGAAAUUGCACGAGCACUCAGUUUACCAGCUCACUCCAAGAAAAGAAAGGAAUUGCUGCAGAUGUUGCGAAACAAAGGCAACUUCAUGCACAACAAUGAUGUCCUGAAGAAAGGAUCAGGUGCCCUGAAAGUUAAACGCCGGUCUUUAAAACAAGCCUCCAACAAGUAUACGUACUGUGUUUAUUGCCGGGGGAUGUUUAUUCACCAGGAACUCAAGAGGCACAUGAAAAAUUGCUCAGCCAAAAGACACCAUCAGGAAGCACUGGGAGCACUGGGUCUUGCGGAAGUGGCCAAGGCUGCAAUUCCAGUGUGCUCUUCUAUGUGUGAUCCACUGAGUUUCCAGAGUAAGAGUGUGCCUGAUUUACCUGAAAGCCUGGACAAAGAAUUGUCGCCAGGUAACGAGUUCGUCCCUCAAUCACAAUCUGGCUUGAACUCAAAAACAGAACUGACUUUAGAAAGAACUAUCAGCAACAUUACAGAGAACUCUCUGGAGCCUUGCAUGACCACUGAGAAGAAGUCUUCUUGCCUGGACAUCACAGCAGAAGAUUCACUCAUUCACAAUCUCUCCUCUUCACCUGACUUAAGCCCCAGCAGCAUCACUGAAGCAGAGGAUGAAAACACAACAAGCAAAAGAGAAGAGAGAAAUGCAUCCAUACCAGAGGAUACAGCGAGUGAUUCAGUCUUGUCUUCAAAGGGCAUCACCACUGUGUCCGGAGGUGGUGAAAAUUACUGUUUUGUUUGUGGAAAACCACAAAUCAAAAUUGGUAGACAUUUUAAAGUGCAUAAGCAUGAAGAUGCCGAAAUUGCACGAGCACUCAGUUUACCAGCUCACUCCAAGAAAAGAAAGGAAUUGCUGCAGAUGUUGCGAAACAAAGGCAACUUUAUGCACAACAAUGAUGUCCUGAAAAAAGGAACGGGUGCCCUGAAAGUUAAACGCCAUUCUGUAAAUCAAGCCUCCAACAAGUAUACGUACUGUGUUUAUUGCCGGGGGAUGUUUGUUCGCCAGGAACUCAAGAGGCACAUGAAAAAUUGCUCAGCUAAAAGAGACCAUCAGGAAGCACUGGGAGCAUGGGGUCUUGCUGAAGUGGCCAAGGCUGCAAUUCCAGUGUUCUCUGCUGUGUUGGAUUCUCACAGUUUCCACAAAAAGAGUGUGAUUGAUUUAGCUGAAAGCUGUGAACAAGAAUUGUCAUCGGUUGAAGAGUUUGUCCCUGAAUCACAGUCUGGCUUGAACUUAAACACAGAUUUGGAUUUAGAAAGGUCCCUCGGCAAUAUUACAGAGAACUUGCCGGAGCCUUGCAUGACCAGUGAGAAAAAGGCCUCUAGUCUGAACAUAACAGCAGGAGAUUCCAGCCCCAGCAGCAUCACUGAAGCAGAGGACGAGAACACCACAAAUAAAAGAGAAGAGAGAAAUACAUCCAUCCCAGAGGAUACAGCGAGUGAUUCAGUCUUGUCUUCAAAGGGCAUCACCACUAGAGGUGGUGAAAAUUUCUGUUUUGUUUGUGGAAAGCCACAAAUCAAAAUAGCUCGACAUUUUAAAGUGCAUAAGCGUGAAAAUGCUGAAAUUGCACGAGCACUCAGUUUACCAGCUCACUCCAAGAAAAGAAAGGAAUUGCUGCAGAUGUUGCGAAACAAAGGCAACUUUAUGCACAACAACGAUGUCCUGAAGAAAGGAUCGGGUGCCCUGAAAGUUAAACGCCAUUCUGUGAAACAAGCCUCCAACAAGUAUACGUACUGUAUUUAUUGCCGGGGAAUGUUUAUUUGCCAGGAACUCAAAAGGCACAUGAAAAAAUGCUCAGCCCAAAGAAACCAUCAGGAAGCACUGGGAGCACUGGGUCUUGCUGAAGUGGCCAAGGCUGCAUUUCCAGUGUGCUCUUCUGUCUGGGAUUCACAUAGUUUCCAUAGUAACAGUGUGCCAGAUUUACCUAAAACCUGGGACAAAGAACUGUCGUCAGGUGAAGAGUUUGACUCUGAAUUACAGUCUGGCUUGAACUCAAACACAGAGUUGGAUUUAGAAAGGUCUAUUAGCAACACUACAGAGAACUCUCUGGAUCCAUGCAUAACCCCCAAGUUGUCCUCUAGCCUGAACGUCACAGCAGGAGAUUCACUUAUUCCCAGUCUGUCCUUUUCACCUGACUUAAGCCCCAGCAGCAUUACUGAAGCAGACGACGAGAACACCACAAAUAAAAGAGAAGAGAGAAAUACAUCCAUCCCAGAGGAUACAGCGAGUAAUUCAGUCUCGUCUUUUAAGGGCAUCACCACUGUGUCCGGAGGUGGUGAAAAUUUCUGUUUUGUUUGUGGAAAGCCACAAAUCAAAAUAGCUCGACAUUUUAAAGUGCAUAAGCGUGAAAAUGCUGAAAUUGCACGAGCACUCAGUUUACCAGCUCACUCCAAGAAAAGAAAGGAAUUGCUGCAGUUUUUGCGAAACAAAGGCAACUUUAUGCACAACAAUGAUGUCCUGAAGAAAGGAUCGGGUGCCCUGAAAGUUAAACGCCAUUCUGUAAAACAAGCCUCUAACAAGUAUACGUACUGUGUUUAUUGUCGAGGGAUGUUCGUUCGCCAUGAACUUAAGAGGCACAUGCAAAAAUGCUCAGCCAAAAGAGACCAUCAGGGAGCACGGGGUCUUGCUGAAGUGGCCAAGGCUGCAUUUUCAAGUACUGUAUAAGAAGAAAAAUUCUUUCGAAGAUUAAGAGAUUCCAAGUGUGGAUCAAUAAUACCUGUGUUGUAUACAGGUAGUCAAAUCUGUCUACAGACUGUGUGUCUUUCACCACAAGGAUGUCUGCAAAAGCAAAAAUACAACCAAAAAAUUCUGUCUACUGCUAAACAAAUACAUUGAUAACCUGACAACUUCUUGAAGGUGCUUCGCAUUCAGCUUACAAAAAAACUCUGACUGUCACUAGAGAAAUGAUUUUCUAUCAACGAUGGUCGUGAGGAGUCCCUGAAUACCUGACGUCAACUAUGAAAGCUAAAUCUAAAAAAUAAUUUUUAAAUCCAGCAUGCUAAGUUUUUAGGGGGACCAUGUGAGAAGAUUUAAUCAAGAGUAUUAUUAGUCUGCCAGCUGCAAACAUUCAAAUUGCUAAAUUUUCAAAAAUACUUCACAGAGAGGAAACACAGCAGACCUUUAUGGAUUAUCUCAGUGAAAUCCAAGGCAGCAAUCUCAGGAGAGAACCACAGACUUUCCUCUCUCCAGACAUUUCCUCCAGCUCCUCCGGGGGGAUCCCGAGGUGUUCCCAGGCCAAACGAGAGACAUAGUCUCUUCAGCAUGUCCUGGGUCUUCCCCGAGGCCUCUACCUAGUGAGACAUGCUUGGAACUCCUCUCUAGGUAGGCAUCCAGGAGGCAUCUGAAACAGAUGCCUGAGCCACCUCAGCUGACUUUUCUCGAUGUGGAGGAGCAGCGGCCCAACUCUGAGGAUGUCUAAGGGUGUGCUCUGGAAACUCAUUUCAGCCACUUGGAUCUGAGAUCUUGUCCUUUCGGUCCCAUGACCCAAAGCUCAUGACUAUAUGGAAGAGUAGGAAUGUAGGUUGACUAGUAAAUCGAGAGCUUUGCCUUCUGGCUUAGCUCCUUCUUUAGAACAACGGACCAGUGCAUCGACCACAUUACUGAGACUUGAGAUACACAGGGUGCAUCUCGUCUACCACUGCUGCUUGGCCACUGCAGAACUUGCAAACUACCUCAGUGACCUCAGCUUGGGUAAGUCCACCCCUGCAUCCGCAGUCAGAGCUUCCUCAAUGAAAGACAUGUCAGUGGGGUUGAGGAGAUCCUCAAAGUAUUCCUUCCACAAUUCCUUUUGGUUUGCCAGAAUCUCGUUGGGGUUGACCAGUAGUCUUCCUCCAUGGUCUCCCCGAGCUUUUUCCAGGCCAGAGUUUUUGCUUUUGCAAUCUUCCAGGCUGCAGCUCUGAUGCCCAUCAGCUGCCUUGGGAGUCUUAUAAGCCAACCAAGCCCUGUAGGACAUCUUCUUCAGCUUGACGGCAUCAUUACUUUCGGUGUCCAUCACCAGGUUUGUGGAUUGCCGCUUCAACAGGCACCAUAGGCCUUACAGCCACAGCUCCUCAUGGCCGCAUCAACAAUGGAGUCGGAGAACAUGGACCACUCGGUCUGAAUGAGUCCAGCCUCACUUGGGAUCUGGUCAAAGCUCCUCCGGAGGUGAGAGUUAAAAAUCCUUUUGACUUGAGGUAUAGCCAGAUGUUUCCAGAGGACCCUAACUAUACGUUUGUGCCUGACAGGUCUGUCCAGACUUUCCCCAUCAGCAGAUCUAACUCACCACCAAGUGGUGUCAGUUGACAGCUCUGCGACUCUCUUUACCUGAGUUUCCAAGACAUGUGGUCAGAGAUCGGAUAAUACAACUACAUGGUUCAUCAUCGACCUAGGAUCUUGACAAGCAAAAGAGGAAAAAAAAGGACUUGUGAAAUGAGUUUGGGCCACCUCAGAAGUCUAAGCAGUCAUGGACAUUAAGCACGUUGGGAAGUACAUCAGUAAAGAGUGUGAAACUUGCAAUAAGGCAGAGCACACCAUUCUUGGUUGGCUGUUGACUGGCACAAUCAAAUCAAAAUGCUGGCGUUUGAACAUUUAAAAAAUUGCUGAUUGUAGUUUUUGUGUCUUUUGUUAAACCAAAGGUUCCAUAUUUUAUGCCAUUUAGUAAACCAAAAAGGAAAUUGCAUCUUCAUUUCCUUACCCUCAAGUUGUACUAAACCUUUAGGAUUCACUGUUUUUUUCCAGGUCCCCAUCAUGGAACUUGCAAGAAAACGAAGCACCUGUUUAUUGGAUGUUCAAAUAAUCCAAAUAGUACAGUUGUCAAAAAAUAUAUAUUUUGACUUUAUUUUUGUGCCAAAUAAAUCAUGUGGUGCAGUGUUUAAACCUCAUCUAGAAUUUGAUUGUCACCAACAAUGGUGACAACAGUGACGACUGCUGUAAUAUUAUAAAAGUAAUUGUAUCUAAUAUCUGGUAUGUAAUACCAGACUGUUUAUUAGUCAUUUCAAAUGAUGUGCGAUAAAAGUUUUGUACUGAAAGGGAUACUUACUGAAAAUGGAGGAUUUAGAUUCCGUGUCAGCUUAAAACCCAUUUUAACUUGGCUUGCUUAUUCUUCCAGUUCUGUGUUGCUCCCUUAUAAAUAAAACUUUGUGUCUUGUAA